AGUCAGUCUCGGUGGCUGCAGUAGAUCACAACAAGUAUUGCGUGAUUUCGUUCCAUAACAUUAGUCUAAGCAAAAUGUUACAUCUAUUAUAAUAUCCAGACAUUAGAAUAAGAUCCAAUGUACUGCAUUCUGAACACAGCAUUCUAAAAGACAGAUAUUUUAACAGGAUAUAUUUUAAUGAAUUAAAUACUAAGAAAUGUAUAAUUUUAAAAUUGACAUUUUGAAAAGAAGCGCGCUGAUUAGUCGCUAAAUGAUCGAUAGAAAACUGCUUGGUGUAUAAUGGGAAAAAUGAAGAGAAUAUUAAGACCGUUGAUAAAAAUUAAGCGCCUUUCGAGGAGAAAAAAAUUGAUUCUACUAGGUCGCGAAAUUGAGAAACAUAUACGAUGGAGAUGGGAACGAGACAAAAUGCAGGCUACUUUGGAGGCCAUCGCUACGGUUAAUCUCAACACAUUAAAAAUUACAGCGAAUCCAGAUAUUGAUAUAGAUUAUAUCAAAGGCAUGUCAACCGUAUCAAUUUACGAUCAUAAUUAUAGAAGUCCGGUACAAGAAAACAUAUCCGAAGUUUCUAUACAUAUCAGACCCGGCAUGAUACGUAAGUUGAGCAAUUUAGAUAUCAGCGAUGAAAAUGAAACAGAUUGUAACGCGAACACGCCACAACAGGACAUCGGAUACAAUAUUUUACAACAAACUUCGUAUCUUCGUAUAAGCGACCAUAACGAACCAGAUAUAAAUGAAAGAAUAAAGAAUAUCAUCGUAUCGGAGAAUGUAAAUAUUAAGUGAGACAAAUUUUAAAGAUUUAAAAAAAAAAGAUAUUACCUGCGUAUUUAACAUAAAUACUCUAUUAAUCUCACGUGUCGAUAUAUAUCUAUGUAUAUAAAUGCGUAUUUAGCGCAUAUGCAUGCGUAUCUUUUUCUGUGACGUGAUGCGCAAUUUAGUCUUAUAUUAUAUUAAAAAUCUUACGUGUAUAAUUAUGAGUAUUUAUAUAGUAUUUGUAAACUAAUUAUUAUUUUGGAUAAUGUAAUUAACUAAAUAUAAUUUUACAUUACACACAA